AUGGUGCCAAAACCACAUGGUAUCCAAGAAUUAUGUGUGGAUUAUCGCAAAGUCAAUGCAAUUACAAAAUCUGAUUCAUAUCCUGUUCCACGUUUGGAAGGCUAUUUUGAGAAGGUGUUUGAACCAAAUCGUGAAGAGUUGGUGUAUGUGUUGCUAUUUAAUGUGCUUGUCUUUUGUCAGGUGAAAAAAGAGGUUGGAGAUGUCAGCAUCUUGAUAAACAAUGCAGGUAUUGUUACUGGAAAAAAAUUUAUGGAAUCACCAGAUGCCUUGCUGGAGAAAACUAUGGAAGUGAACAGCCUUGCACAUUUUUGGACCUAUAAAGCUUUCCUGCCUGCCAUGAUAGCCAGCAACCACGGCCAUCUGGUUAGCAUUGCCAGCACAGCAGGACUGUUCCCAGUCAAUGGAUUGGCGGAUUAUUGUGCAAGCAAAUUUGCAGCGGUUGGUUUUGCAGAGUCUGUUGCACUAGAAUUGCUAGUUUCAGGGAAAAACGGUGUAAGGACUACGAUCGUUUGCCCAUACUUCAUAAACACUGGAAUGUUUGAUGGCUGUAAAACUAAGUGGCCACACCUCCUUCCUAUAUUGGAUGUGAAUUAUGCUGCUAAAAAGAUUACAGAUGCCAUUUUACGGGAUCAAGUACUACUUGUGAUGCCACGAAGUCUAUAUUUUAUGUUUGCUAUUAAGAAUUUGCUUCCUGUGAAACUGGGAAUUCUACUUGGACACUACUUUGGUGUUUUCAACGUUAUGGAUCACUUCAAAGUAUCCCACUCCUACCUUCUUUUCAUACACCUUGAUGCCUUUAUCCACGAGGGCUCUGUCUAACAAAUUGGUGCCAACAGCCUUCUAUGAGAGUUGGCAGCUGACCAAGAUGAAACUCUGCUCAACAUCUUACCUUCUUACAACGCAAAUCUUCUAAGUGCUGCUGAACAAAGGAAUUUCUUCAGACUCUUUAUCCACAAGUUUCUGUGCAAGUGUAUACCUUACUUGGAAUUAUCCAUGCACAUGACCAAUCCUGAAUGUUUUGGCCAAAUGUAUGCCUUACUUGGAAGAGACAGCAAUUACGGAUUCCCUGCAGUAUUAACUCUAGGUAGACCUGCAUAACCCAGCAUAAUUCCAUUCACAUAAUAGCCCAUUGUAAAGCUGCUUAUCAGCCUUUUGAUCCAAGGAUUAAUUUGAUGAUCAUCCCUAUUGGAUUUGCUGCAUUCUUCAGGGCAACUCCAGACAGUGGUGGGCAUUACCUCCAUACAGUGAUGUAUUACUCAGCAAAGCAUAACAUUAUUUGUGUUAUUUGAAAUGCCAUUUAUGUCGUCAUACUUACCAAAACCAAAGUCACAAAUGUAAACAAAGUUAAAAUCUGUUUUAUUCUGCAGCAAAUACAUUGUUAGAUGUUUUCCACAUCUUGCAAGAUGUGCAUAAUAUAUGAACAAAUAAUAAAUGAACAAAUAGUAAAACAUA